CAAAAAAAGGAAGGCGAACAACUAAAGGAAUUUUCAGGCGUUUGGCAUUUUGUCAACCCGUGAAGGGCCACCCGAAAGAAGAGACAGAGAGAGAGAGAGGGAGAGAGCCGCACAAGUGGCUGCAACAAAAGGGCUACCACCGAAUCCCAGACCUCGCGACCCCUCUGGAAAACGAAAAACUCAGGCCGGAAAACGCUUGUUUCGACACGUGAGAGGAACAGAGAGCCAGAGCGGCAGAGAGAGGAGUGUGGCUGCAGCAGCAGCAGGAGGAGGAGGAGGAGUACAAAGUGAGGCCAAACCGAGGCUAGUGACAAGAAACAACAACAAAACAAACAGCUCUAUGCCGGCACCAAGAUGAGAGGCAGCCAAACAACAACGACAGCCACAACGACGAUAGCGCCCCUGCUCCUGCUACUCCUCUGGGUGGCCCAGGCGGCGGGACAAUGUCCCUGGCAGAGGGAUGUGCCCGACCUGCAGACCAGCUGCAUAUGUGCCUACAAUCUGGGCAGGGAACUGAGCGUGCAGUGUGACCAGGUGAACUUCGAAGACCUUCUGGGGGCCAUGAACACCCAUGCCCGGCUGAAGCCCGUGGAUCUGCUGUACGUGAACAACUCCUCGAUAUCGGAACUCCCGGACGCGAUCUUCAGCAAUCUGAGCCUGCACAAUGUGCAGCUCUCGAGCUGCGGCAUCAAGCGGAUUGCGGAGGGCGCCUUCCGGGGCCAGGAGGGUGUGCUGCGGAACCUCAAUCUGCAGGACAAUCUGCUGAGCGAUGUGCCGGUGAAGGCGCUGCAGCUGCUGGGCAAGCUCAAUCUGCUGGACCUGUCCAAGAACCAGCUCACCCACAUACCAGACGAUGCCUUCAGCGGCCUGAGCAAGCUGUCGACCCUCAAGCUGAACGACAACAAUGUGACCCUCUCGGCGGGCGCCUUCCGAGGACUCGAACAGAGUCUGAAGAACCUCAACCUGAAGGGCACCAAGCAGCGACGAGUGCCCGAGUGCAUCAGGGGGCUCAAGAGCCUGGCCUUCUUGGAUCUGUCCCAGAACGGCAUCAAGGAGCUGCCCGGAGCGGGCGGCAUACGGGUGUUCGACGGCCUGGAUGCCCUCACUGCCCUGAAUCUCGAGCGGAAUCUCAUCCAGAGCAUUGGCGAGACGGCCUUCGCGGGGGUACGCAAGACGCUCAGCUCCUUGAGUUUGCUCAACAAUCUGCUGGCCGAGUUCCCCAUCGGGGCCGUGCACUCCCUGAAGGAGCUGCGCGUCCUGGACAUUGGCUUCAAUCUGCUGACCAGCCUGCCGGAGGCAGCCUUCCGUGGCAACCCGGGCAUCACCCUCCUCGCCCUCGACGGCAACCCGCUGAGCUCCGUGCCCGAGGGCGCCUUUGCCCAUCUGAACGCCACGCUGCGUGGCCUGUCGCUGGGGGGCCGAUUCCUCCACUGCGACUGCAAGCUCCGAUGGGUAGCCGAGUGGAUACGCAACGGGGACCUGCAGGUCACAUCACGAGAGCGCAAUCCACAGUUCUGUGGCACCCCACCGCGUUUCCGGGACCGUGGCUUCUACUCCAUACAGCCCGAGGAGCUGAGCUGUCCGGACAUUGCCGAUGCGGCGCUCCGCGGUCCAGUUGGCCUGGCCGAUAACCUAAAGCCAACGUUGGCCUCGUCGUCCGUGGAUUCCGUGGAGUAUGAAACGGGGACGGGCACGGGCACGGGCACAGCUGCCUCUUCGCCGGUGGCCAGCAGUGUGAGCAGCUCCACAACCACAACGACAUCGACAACGACAAGCACAACAACCACAGAAGAGCCAACAACGAAGCGUUCGAGUACGACGCGUCUUCCGGCCAAGACAACGGCAAGCGUUUCAGCCAGCACUGCCCCGCCCUCGGCGGCCACAAACCUAUCCGCAAACGGCACCGGAACCGUCCAGGCCACCACCAUCACCACAAGCAGUUCCUCCUCCUCCUCCUCGGCUGCGUCGGGUGUCCAAGCGAACAGCAAACAGGCGCCGGGCUGGCGUCAGGGAGUGAACAACAACGGGGGACCGCACAAGCCGCAGAGACCGCCGCUGGUGCUGGGCUAUCCGCCGCAGAGGGGCACGCGGAUCGACGACGCGAACGAGGUGCAGGUGAAGCACGCCUUCCGCCAGGACAGCUCCGUGAUCAUCCAGUGGGACUCGGACACCGCCAACAUCCUGGGCUUCCGCGUGGUCUACCGCCUGUUCGGGGAGAAGGCCUUCAAGCAGGGACCGCCGCUGGAGGCCAGCGAGCGGGAGUUCAAGAUCAAGAAUGUGCCCGCCCAGGAGUGCAUCAUCGUGUGCGUGAUCUCGCUGGAGGAGCUGCACGUGACCCCCGAGACGGUGCCGUACCAGCAGUGCCGCGAGGUCCGCACUGUGGCCUCGCAGGCCUCCAACAUGGACAAGAUAACGAUUGCGGCCAGUGCGGCCAUUUGUGGCACCAUCAUUGUGGCCGUGAUUGUGUUCAUUGCUGCCAGCAGGCGCUCGCGCAAGCUCCAGAACAGCCAACAGAAGAGCCCACUGCCAAUUGGAGGACUGCCUGUUAAUUGCUGCGGUCCGACCGGUUCCCCAGGACCACUUGGCUCCAUUGCAACGCUAUCGGCAUUUAACAAUCACAAGGAAUGGGAUCAAGUAUCCGCGUACAGUGGACGCUCGAUACCGCGUCCCCGCAUCUAUCCCGUCGAGCAGCCCGACGACAUGCGCAGCCACUUUUCCGGAAUGCCCGGCAAAGUGGGGAAAUCAAGUCGAUCCAUUGCCGAUGGCCAGUCGCAGCACAGCUUCUCGAACAACUCGCAUCGCGGCUAUUUGGGUAGCGCCUUCCCCUCGAACCUGGUCAACUCGCGUCCAGAGCUGCGGCAGUCCCGCCAGUCCCUGGCCGCUGCCUCGGAGCGCAUGUCGCGCGCCUCCUACGCCGGCUCCAUCCACGGCGGCAAUGGGGGCGGCGGGGGUGGCGGCGGCAUGCAAAUGGGGGGUCCCGGUGGCCUGCCCGUGAGCAGCCUGAUGAGCAUGAGCGGCAUGGUGGGCGGCGGCGGACCCGCCAGCAUCGCCUCCAGCGCCAGACGCUCGCGUCCGCGCUCCAGAUCACGCGAUCAGCUCAAUGCCACGCACAUACAUAACCAUCGACCGGGAAGUCGAUACUCGCAGUCGGGCUCAACGCACACGUUGAACAACUACUGCGAUACGUCGGAUAACUGGACCGAUCACGAUAUGGACAUCUAUAUGGCGCGCAAUCCGACAACGCGCAACGGUCUAGUGCCAUUAUGAGGGCGGCUUACGUUAUCCUGAUAUUUCAAUGUUGUAUUAAAUCUGGAUGGCAUUUUCUGACAAUAUCUGACGCCGGCCAUCGAGGGGAGUGUUGCCACAAGGGAUGGUCGGCGUCAGCAGCAACAGCAGCAGCAGCGCAGAAAUGGUAGACAUUUGCAACAU